AUGAAAACUGCGAUCUGUAUUCUUUUGAAAAUUAUCCAACUUAUAGCGUGUGUGGCCGCUGUGAUAACCAAAAAAAUAUCAGAUAAGCAUUCUGAAAGGGUAUAUACAAGAAACAAGAAAUUUUCUACGGAAUGGAUUCUUUUAAACUCAAUUGCAUGGUCGAAAGAUGCCGAUGAAUUCAGCACAUUGACAUUCGUGGGAUACACUUUUAUUACAUCAGUCUUGUUGGUUACAAGGUUUGUUCAAAAGAACGCAAAUUAUCAUACCUGCGAAAAUAUAUUUCUUUGCUUGGGAGUUCUCUUUUUCACCAUAGUAGGACUUUUAAUUUUAUCCACGGUGGAGCAAUUACCUGAUGAUAUUUUGCAUUACGCAUUUGUACUUGGCGGGCUCUCAUUUUUUUGCGCCAUCUUGUUUCUUCUGGACCUAUUAUUUUUCAAAACCAAUAACAAAGGUUUUAAAAAUGCAAUUGCACAAACCGACAUGUUCUCAGCAAUAUCGUCACCGAAGUUAUCAACAGUGGAAGAAACCAUUUGCUGUCGACCACACGAUUCAUCUUCUCUAGGACAGACCAUAAAAAAGCAUGAAAAACGCUAUUUACGAACGGACUUGUAA